AUGUUGUCUUAUAAACCGUUUGCAGAGAAAUUUAUUGCCUGUUUUGCUUGCCCAAUUCUGCGCCUAUAUCUCGAUCAAGUUGAACUCCACGUCCAGGGUCUUGAGUGGAUGAGUAAAAGGCUUAUAUGUCACACCAUAGCUUUUCUGGAAGAAAGUAUUCGACCCAAGGAGACAUGGGCCGCUCUGAGAUCGCACAUUCCGGCUUUAUUGCCAAGAUUUAUCUUUCCGUUGGUAUGUAUCAGUCCUGAGGAAGUGCGAGAGUUUCAGGAGGAACCGGAAGACUACGCUCGAGCCCAAUUUGGAGACUUUUUUGAAGAUUUGUGUACCAGCCCUAGUACGAUGGCAGCUCAAUUCAUCUUAGCAUUGGGGUCAGGUCGAAAGAAGACCAUGUUUAUGAGUAUGCUGUCCUUCAUAACGGAUAUAUGUUCGAAAUAUCCCAACGAGGCCAAUCCCCGGGAGAAAGAUGGCGCACUCCGUAUGCUCGCAUAUCUUGCCACAGUCAUCACUGAGACCAAAUCCUUGCGCAAGAACAUUGAAGGAUGCCUCAUUUCAUAUGUUUUUCCCGAGUUCCAAAGCGAGCACGCCUUCCUACGUGCACGAACUUGUGAAGUGAUCCGUAAAUUCGAAAACGCCGGCUCAGAAUGGACAGAUCCGAAGAUCAUAAGCGCUUACUAUCAAGGCGUGAUGCAAUGCCUAUCAGAUAGCGCCUUGCCGGUGCGCGUACAGGCGGCUCUCACACUUGCCGACAUAUCAGACCACCCUCAGAUACACGAAGCCUUAGCUCCACAUAUAGGAGGUGUUAUGCAGGGAAUGUUAAGGCUUUCGAAUGAAGUGGAUUUAGACAGCCUCACUCAAGCCACGCGGUGCUUGGUUUCAGGAUUCUCGGAUGAGCUUCUACCCUACGCAGCAGAUUUGGCCCAAGCCUUGCAUGAGUCGUACAUGAGACUCAUGUCUGAGAUUGCAGAUACGCGGCAAAGAUUGGGCGAUGAGGACGACGACUCGAGCGAAGAGAAGGUUUUGGUAGCUAUGAACAUCCUCAAAACUCUUCAACAGCUUGUCGUCGGUCUAGAAGGAAAUCCCACGGUGUUGAUGCAGGUAGAGGCUGCGUCGAUUCCUCUGAUAGAGUAUACCCUAAAGCAAGAAUUAGUCGUGGCUUCAGCUGCGUUUACUGAUAUUCCAUCUCUAGAAAUAUACGAUGAAGCUCUGGAAUUGCUUGAUUCGAUCCAAUUCGCUUUGAAAGAUAUCUCGAAUGCCCAAUGGUCACUCUUUGAUAUCAUUUACAACAUCUUCAAAACAUCAGGAACAGAUUUUAUAUCAGAGAUGUUCCCUUCGCUUGAUAAUUUUGUCACCUACGGUUCUAAUUUUCUCGCCACCCACGCUGAGAAGAGAAACAUGGUUUUUGACAUUUACUUGGCUACGAUAACGAGUAAAAAUCUAAGUUGUUCUGAUCGUAUGGUGGCUUGUAAGCUAGCCGACAGUAUCUUGCUUUGUAUGAAAGGUAAUGCCGAUGAAGCAAUACCACUCUUCAUCAAUCAUACCAUGAAGAUCAUUCAACGUGGCAUCACCACUGUUGAUCCAAUCACUACGAAAGGACUGUUUAUGCAUUCUUUGGAAGUGAUCCUCAACACGAUUUAUUAUAACCCUAGUAUGGCUAUGAAUGUCUUGGUGGAAAACAAUUGGAGUGGUGACUUUUUCAGCGGAUGGUUCAAUCGAUUGUCGUCGUUUCAGAGGACCCACGACAAGAAGUUGAGCUUAUUGGCGAUAUGCUCAAUUCUUUCAAUCAGUCUGAAUGAAAGUGCCGAAAGUAUUCUGGUCCAAAGUUCCGCCCAGCUCUUGAUAGGGGCUCUGUCUUUGUUCGAAACUUUGCCUACAGCCAUCAAAAACCGCUUCGAACUGGAGAAUGAUUACAACAUUGAUUCUGACGAUUCUGACGAUGGCAAUACAACUGUCGAUGAGGGAAGCGAACCAGAAGAUGUCGAUGACACAGAUGACUGCGAUUUGGUGGAUCCGCAGAUACGCGCUCCAUCUAGCUAUUGCAAUCCUCAAAACUCUUUUGGUCGUGGUGGCGGUGAUGACGAGCGCACCAUUCCGCCAAGCUCACUGUGGAGUGAUGAAAUUCUUUGGGAGACACCGCUAGAUCGGGUCGAUGUUUACAAAGAGUUUGCAUUGGUCAUGAAAAAUGUCGAAGAUAGUGGUUCUCCCAUCCUUCAUAUCAUCUCAAAUGCUUUGAGUCCUGAGCAACGAAUGAGCCUACAAAAAAUUCUCCACCAAGCAAAUAACGGUGGCGAAUUCGGAAUGAAAAGCGAGAUCCAACAAUCGGUUCAAGUUAACAGUCAUAUCAACAAUCAGGCCUUAUAAUGUAGACCUACCAUCAUAUUCGAAUCUUCAAGAUGCUAGUGGAACUGACACAGCACGGGGUGAGGAGAAGAGUAUUCAUGUCUUAGUUUCAUCGGUUUCGAGUUUCAAUGUGAUGUUAUUCGUGGUUUUCGUCAUUUUUCUUAUAUUCUUGGCUUCUCUGAUCAUUCAUCUACCUGAACCACUUCAAGGGUUGUUACCAAAAGAUCGAUUUGCUACUUUCUUUGCACCAUAGAUGUGAACGAGACUGAAAAAUAUUGCUGUCUGUGGGGUGUGGAAAUUUGCAUAUUUUAUUGUCAUAUCAUUGAUAGCUAUGUGAUCAAAGAUCUAAAAGGUCAGGAGACAGACUCCAAGAUCAGAUUAUGAGUAGAAUAGAAUCCACAUGAACGGUAAAAUCAGACCUUGUGAAGAUC